GCUUCAAAAGUUAUAAGGAUCGGUCGUCGCAUCCUGUUUCUCUUGUUACUUUCGAUACGAUCAUACACUCGAGAAGUUACUUUACUUUACAAGCCUCUCCGCAUCUACGAAUCAAGAUUCAUUCUUCGCACACAACCUCAAAUACAUCCUCGAAAUCACGAUAAGAACAGAUAAUUACACAAACAAGACACAAUGGCAGACACCGGCGUAAACAUACCAGCUACUUUGAUCGCAGAGGAGGGCGAACAUACAUACAAGUUCAACAUUUCCAUGAGUUGUGGAGGAUGCUCUGGAGCGGUUGAUAGAGUUUUGAAGAAAUUGGAUGGUGUCCGCGCAUACGAAGUCGACCUUGCAGGUCAAACCGCAACGGUCAUCGGAAAACCAGAAUUAGAAUUCGAUACUGUGUUGGAGAAGAUUGCAAAGACGGGAAAGAAGAUUAAUACGGCGGAGGCAGAUGGUGUUAGUAAGGAUGUUGCUGUUAAGACUGAAUGAGGGGUUGGAGGAAGGAAGGAAUGGAUUUCCGGGGGUUGAUCGAUAGAUGAUGGAUGAUGAUGGGUUGCGCAUAUAUAUGCGGUAGAGAGACUGCUAGAUUGAGAUACAGAUUGCGUGGGUUGCUAAUAGAUGUGAGGGAUCAACACGGAAUUAUGAACUAUGCUUUAUGUGUUCUGGUGAUGAUGUUUGG